AUGAACUGGAAGUUUCUGGAACACACGUCCCUGUUGCUGCAUAUCUUGGCAGCAAAAACAUUAAUUCUCUGCCCAGCAUUUGCUGGAGUGAAAAUAUACCAAAGGAAAAACUUAGAAGCAAAACAGCAAAAACUAGAGGCCCAAAAGAAGAAGUAA